CUUGCCGCAGUUUUUUUUGCUUUUUUGUCAAACGAAAACAUUGUAUAACCGGGAACAGCAUAUUUUAUUUCCUCAUGAUUUAGAAAUAAAACCCAAUAAAUUUAUAGUUUAGUGAUAUUUCAAAGUAAUUUCACCAUGUUGGCUCGGCGUCCUAUAAAGGCCUUCUCGUGUCUAGUGCGAGCAAUUUCCAACAUUUCCCUCCGCGAAUCAACAAGGAUAUCAUCUGUUGUUCCGCUGAAGGCCCUUUCAAGCCAACCGGUACCAAUUGAUCCCCUUCGGAUCACAUUUCUACCACGCGAAAUUAUCCUUGACAUUGGAAACACGCACAUCAACAAUCCGCUAUUACCACGGAAGGAAAUCAUCGAUAUUCCUCUGAUCAGCCGAAUCAUUGAGAAUCCAAAUCAGUCACGCAUUUCCGAAAUAGGCGAACGGCCUCCGGUAAUUCCGACUGUGGUUGACCUCCCUACCAACAGUGGCGGCAAGGUGGACGAUAAUGGAAUACAGGCCGCCCGAUUGAUUGUGAUCCGACGACGAAAGAUGCGGAAACACAAACUAAAGAAGCUACGCAAGAAGAUGAAAUUCGAAUGGGCGAAGGUUCGUCAGCGGCGGGAACUGCGUAAGGAAAAAGCCUUCCAAGCUGGGCUGAUCAGUCAAAUCAAAGAGGCAGAACGGUUCUCGGCGGAGAUGUACGUUGCUGAGAAACUUCGCCAGGCAAACGAAAUACCGAUUCCUCGGUUCUGGAAGGGCAAACGAUUACCUCAAUUUAUCAUCAAGCAAAAGUUGGGAAUUGAGUAAUGUUUUGUCGAUUAGCAAAGCAUGUUCAAUAAAGUAAUAAAUUUCAAAAUAUAUUAUUUGAAACUCAA